CACCACAGCUGGCUGGAUGGGGUGUUGACCGGAGGUGUUAACAGGAAUUCCGUUUCUCCUUCUAAUUUAAAAUCUCCUCACUGGUUUCCUUUAAAUUUCUUUUCACACAGCUAAAGGCAUCUUUUUUUUUUUUUUGUACAGAAUUUGAUGUCAGCAGUUUGGUAAAUCCACCAAGUUACUCAAUCUUGUGACGGGUGACAGUUCCUGUUCCUGCACAUUAGUCAGGACAAUAAGCGACGAGCAAGAUGGCCUGCGUGGGGCUCUUGCACCAGCUCCUUUUAGCCCUCCUGCCCAUUGCAGCAGCAGCAGCACAAGAAUGCAGUCUUGCCGUCGAACAAGAGGCCUUCAUCGAAACGUACGAAAGAGUAAACACUGUCAUUCUUCCCUGCAACUUCAAAGUCAGUAACUGCCACUCAGAUCCACAGGUACUCUGGUUCUACUUCCAUGAAAACUCACAUGGGAGAGUGAAGAUGGACUCCAAAAAGCAUGUCAUGAGUGGAACUGGCCACAGCUACAUGCUGACGAUUUCCAGUGUCACACAGAAUGACAGUGGCGUCUACUACUGCGCCGUAUUGUACCCGGCAGAAACAACAAAGCUGUCCAGAGCUGUCGGAAAUGGCACCAUCCUGGCUGUUCGAGAGACUGCAGCCUUCGUACUUCCACAAGCAAAACGGUUAUUGAUUAUUCUGACUGUGCUUCUGGUUCUGUACAGCACUGGGAUUAUCGUCCUGCUGGUUCUUCAGAAGGUUUCGUUAAAAAAGGCAAGAAAGUUGCCUUUCCCACAAGACCAAAACUCCACAAAAAGAACAAAAAGGUUCCAGGCAGUCCUACAAGAGCUCUACUAUAGGAGGCAUUCUGGGAAAAUCAAAAUGGCUGAAAUGGAUGAUCCAACCUCAAGCAACGAUCCAGAGAUUUACCAGAAUAUAUGAAAGCUACCAGCUGCCUGAAGCUAUCACACCAAGCCAGCAACCUUCAGAAGCAGCAGGCGCCACAUGGCCGCCAUCGAACAGUUGUACUCCACUGCUAAAGAAAUGACAUCCUGUUUAUGAAGUUCCCGCAAGCAUUAUAAAAUUGCAGAGCAUGUGCGCCAGAUGAUACGCAACUCAUUUCCUUCUCCAAAAAAAAAAAUAAUGAAUAAAUAAAAAAUACGAGAGCCAACUCUGCAACAGAUGCUGCAUCUUGCCAGAAAAUAUGGUGUUGUGACAUUGGCUAAGGAAGCAAAAAGCUCUUGUGUUCAAUGCGAUAAAGAAAGGAAACAAAGAAUUUGGGGUAGGGGCUUGGCAUGAUGACACAGUUGUCAGAAACGCUGCUUUAUAGCUUGAUCUGCUUAGAUAAAAAUCAGAGCCCACCGGCUUGCACUUUACGUGUACUCACAGAGUUCAUGGAGGCUUCCUCUAGUGUUCCAAAUGGCUACAGGAAACACUGAUUGGCGAUUCUGAAUUAGCCCUCACUGAACAAAUAUGUGUGCACAUCCUGUAAAAGACUGGCAUCUCACCCACAGUUGGUACCCACCUUGGGCCUGAUGCUGCUGUUCCAGUUACUGCAAUUACGUAAUGGACUGCGUUUACUUGGAAUAUGGAUACGUGGAUAGAUGUUUACAGACUAAACUGUUUCAAGCAAACAGCAAUGGGAGCUACUCAUACUCGCAAUGUUGAACGCUACAAAUAAACAGAUUAAUAUUUUGCAAGAAAGGAAAAUCAAGAAAAGUAAAAGUGCAGUUUGUGACAGCAGCGGGUCAAAGGUGUUGCAAUCUGAGGAUGGAAGCACUUGAGUCAGCAAUGAAAAGUGCAAUUGACAAAUGUGACACAGACAGGAUGGAUAUAGAUACGCCUAAUAGAUGAACAACAAAGGAAAAGUGUAUCAAAAAAUUACGAGACCAGAGUCUCCAACCUUUCUGCUGUUUAAGUCUCAAGCAAUCGCCUAAGAGAAUUCCAUACGGCCCUACUGUUCUCCAGCAAGGGGUCCAGGAGGCUCCUGGAUUGCCAUACUAUCCUCCAGUCCUGGCCCAUUAGUAUCUCCAGUUGCUAUACUCUACUCUGGCACUGACCAAGGACUAUGUCACGCUGCCAUACUGUUCACCACUAGUGUCGCAAGAGGAUCUCAGACAGCUUGAGGUUCCUACAGUGGCUUAUGAGGAUCUGAUGACUACCAUACUUUUUUCCAGCAGCUGCACAUGAGGACCCCCAGACUACUGUACUGUUUUUCAGGUGCAGCCAAUGAGGACACCUGUGGGACAUACUAUUACCUGUUGGUGGUCUAUAAUGAGGGCGGCAUGGUGGUGCAGUGGUAGCGCUGCUGCCUCGCAGUAAGGGGACGUGGGUUCGAUUCCCGGGUCCUCCCUGCAUGGAGAUUGCUUGUUCUCCCCGUGUUUGCGUGGGUUUCCUCUGGGUGCUCUGGUUUCCUCCCACAGUCCAAAGACAUGCAGGUUAGGUGCAUUGGCAAUCCUAAAUUGUCCCGUGUGUGUGUGUGUGUCCUGCGGUGGGCUGGCGCCCUGCCCGGAGAUUUGUUCCUGCCUGUGCUGGAUGGGAUUGGCUCCAGCGGAACCCCCGUGACCCUGUGUUAGGAUAUAGCAGGUUGGGAAAUGACUGACUAUAAUGAUCUCAGACUGCCACAGAAUGAUGGCCUGCUGUACUUUUCUCUACCAGUUACCAGCAAAAAAAAAAUCAAAA